GUUGAGGAAUAGAGCCAGUCACUCCGGCAGCAGUACCAGUGGUCCUCCCAGAAGAUGGAAGUGGAAUGACUGUAGCUGUUUGCGUGAGGGUCAACUCCGAGCCCGACAGAGUGCUGCUCCCUCUAGAAACUGUCGUGGUUGUUUCUUGGACAGUCGUCACUUGGACAGUGCUAUCUUGGGGAACCGGGGAUACAGUAGGGGAUGUUGUCACUGUGGUGUACUUUGUGACAGUGCUAGGAUGUCCCGCAACGUCUGUCGUAGUAAAGGUUGUGCCUGACGUAGUGGACAAGGUUAUGUUAGUGCUCACGACGGUGGUUCUUCCAAGAUUAGACUGGCUCGAGGUGGUAUUGAUGGGAAUCGAAGGGGAAACGGUGAUAUUACUGGUGGUGUUGUGGCCAUUUUCGUCAGUUGUAGUUGCAACAACAGAAGUCCCGGUAGAAGUAGCCGCCAAUGUGAUGCUUGGACUAACCACAACAGUCUCAGUCACCGUGUGAUUUUGGGUAUUGGUUGAAGUAGCAGGAGUCUUCGUAGAAGCAACCGCCGAUGUGGUGGUCUGAUUGCCUGAAGCAGAUAGAGUAACGGUAUUCGUGAUCGUAAUAGUAUGACCAUUCUCAUCAGUUGUGGUUGCAGUUCCAGUCGAAAGAACAGGACUCCAGGUAGAAGUAGUUGCCGAUAUGAUGGUCGAAUCGCCCGAAGCAUACGGAGUAACCGUUUUCGUAAUCGUAACGGUACUUCCAUGCGCAUCCGUGGUGGUCUGCUGAGUGACAGUCGCACUGGAAUUAAGCACUGAAUUUGUAACAGUAGUCUCGGUUACAGAAGCCUGAGG